AUGGGCAUUCUCUCUAACCAGGUUGCCGAUGUAUCCCGCGCUCUUGCGGCGAGAGCAGCUGCAGAACAGGGAGGAAUCAUCUCCGGUAGUAACCCCACACACUACAACGCCAGCGACCCCAUCCAACUAUGGGUCAUCCAAGUUGUUAUUAUCAUUUCUAUGACCCAAUUCCUCUCCCUCUUUCUACGCCGUAUUCGCCAACCACGAGUUAUUGCAGAAGUAAUUGGAGGGGUGCUGCUCGGCCCUUCCGUUAUGGGCCGCAUCCCGAAUUUCUCCAGACGCAUCUUUCCCCCAGCAGGCAUGCCAUUGCUUACCCUCACCGCCACAAUUGGUCUUGUUCUUUUCCUCUUCUUGGUCGGACUUGAAAUCGAUGUCCGGAUCAUCAGAAAAAACGCUCGCGCAGCUUCGUUCAUCUCGAUCGCCGGUCUCGCUGUCCCCCUUGGCCUCGGUGCCGCCUUGGGAGUUGGUGUCUAUCGCGAGUUCACAGACCCCAGCGUCAAUUUCGGCUAUUUCCUUCUCUUCGUUGCUGUUGCCAUCGGGAUCACUGCCUUCCCCGUCCUUUGUCGCAUCCUUACAGAGCUCCAACUUCUCGACACGACCGUCGGCACCGUGACUUUGGCUGCGGGUGUGGGAAACGAUGUUGUGGGAUGGGUUCUUCUGGCGUUAACUGUUGCUCUCGUCAACGCCAGCAACGGUCUCACCGCGCUUUAUGUGCUACUUGCCAGCGCGGGCUACGUCAUCUUCCUUUUAUAUCCUGUUCGCUGGGCAUACAUGUGGCUGGCGCGGCGCACUGGAAGUCUCGAGCAAGGCUCUCCUACCACUAGCAUGAUGACCGUGACCCUUUUAAUGGUGUUUGGGUCCGCCUUUUUCACCGAUAUCAUUGGCGUUCAUGCUAUCUUUGGUGGCUUUUUGGCUGGAGUUAUCAUCCCUCACGAAAACGGAUAUGCAAUUGCGAUGGUCGAGAAGCUUGAAGAUCUGGUCUCUAUUCUCUUCCUGCCCAUCUAUUUCGCACUUUCCGGUCUCAGAACCAAUCUUGGUUUGCUUGACAAUGGGGUUACCUGGGGCUACAUCAUCAUCAUCUGCCUGGUCGCCUUCGCCUCCAAGUUCAUCGCUUGUGGUGCGACCGCUUAUCUGUGUGGCUUCAACUGGCGUGAGGCCGGGGCAAUCGGCUCGUUGAUGAGUUGCAAAGGUCUCGUUGAGCUUAUCGUGCUUAACAUCGGUCUUUCUGCCGGUAUUCUUGACUCACGGACUUUCUCGAUGUUCGUUUUGCAUGCCAUUAUCCUCACGGUCAUGACUACCCCCUUGACAAUCAUGUUCUAUCCGCCCAAACACCGUGUUCACGAAGGCAGGAGUAAGAGCACGAAGAAGGACCCGGAGGGCUCUACAGGCCAUCAUGAAGGCGAGAUCAAGACCAAAUUCUCCAUCGUUCUGGACAAAUUCGAACAACUCUCGGCCGCAAUGACUUUUACACAACUCCUGCAGUCUCCCAGUGCUCCUCCAUCCUAUGAGUCGUCUGUCGGCAGUGAGAAAGAGAUGGAGGCCAACAUUCCUAGUCUUUCUCCGGAGCCCCGCUCGGUACACGUCGCGGUUGAUGCUCUCCGCUUGAUUGAGCUCUCCAACCGGACUUCUGGAGUGAUGAAAAGCCAGGAGGCGGACUCGCUGCUUCACAACGACCCCAUCGUCUCUGUCUUCCGAACAUUUGGCCACCUCAGUCGUCUCGCAGUCGGCGCUGCACUGUCGGUUGUGGAGCAUGCCGAAUUCCCAGAGGCCAUUGCUAACCACGCUACGGAAUCAGGCUCGCAGAUGAUCAUUGUCCCAUGGGCUCGUGGUGCAACUUCCACUGAGGAUACGGAGGCGAUUGGGGCUCGUAAUCCAUUUGACGGUGUUUUCCAUAAAACGACGACGCAAGAUCAGACUAGCUCGGUGGUUUACUCAGAGCUGAUUCGCAAAAUCUUUGUCCAGGCGCCAACGGACGUUGCGUUGUUUGUUGAUCGUGGGCUCAGUCCUAACACGUCUGUUGGCGUUGCUGAGCAGAGACUUUUCUUGCCAUUCAUUGGGGGCCCUGAUGACCGUCUCGCACUCAGUUUCCUCAUUCAACUGCUCUCGAGAAAUCCAAACAUCAAGGCCACCAUCGUAUGGGUUCGGAAGACUGAGGGAACAACACAAACAGGGGCAGAAGCCCCCGCCGCCAAUGCUGGUGCGAUCCAGACAAUGGCUGCUGCUGACACGGUCUAUGGCAAUCACACCACCGAAACGCGCAUGAUCAGCGAGACGGCCGAUAACCUGCUUUGGGACCGUCUCUCCGCCUCUGCUCCUUCCUCGCGCGUAACGUUCCUCAAGAAGGACGCGCCAAAACCGCUCCACGCAAUUUGCGAGCUUGUUGAUGCCGAAUCAGCUGUUGCAGGCCGACCGCUCAUCGUGUUUGUUGGGCGGUCCCGGAGAAUGGCGGUCGAGUCACAUGCGAGCGAGUUGGCGAACUUGGUCAGCGGGAGGGGGACACAGAUUGUGAGUGCUUUGAGCAAGACGCUUGGGGAUGUCGGAGCGGCUUUGGUGGCGAGUGGAACCAGUGCGAGCUUGCUGGUGACCCAGGCGGCCACUGUGGCUUCCUGA